AGGCGGGAAAUUGAUUAAUAUGUCAGGCGGCUCGUUUGGACGUCACCGUGGAAAUUAUUGACGAGGAGUUUUUGCCCAUAAUAUUUUGUUUUUGCCAAAAAGCAUAAAUUAAACGCGGGAAAAAGCCCAGAAGUGCUGCAGAACGAGCAGUCAGAUAACCGAGGAAAAAAUCUCAGCAAUAUUUGAUUAAACAUAUGGAUUGGUGUGAAUAGAAGCCAGAAUUUUUGGCAAAAAUUAGUUUAAAGAACGUCCCGGAAACAUAUUGAGUGGGUGAAAAUCACCGGAAAUGGCAAUUGAAUUGCUAGAUAUAUUAUCAGCAUCAACAGUCGUUACGACAAUCCUUCAAUUCCUAUCAGGAAUUCUAGUUUGUCGGAAAUGCAUGCAGAGAAAAUCAACAGAAAAUGUCUCUGCAAUGCCCUUUAUCUCAGGAUUCCUCUCAUGCAGUCUGUGGCUUAAAUAUGGCCUUCUGACCAGUGAAGCCUCAGUGGUUCUAGUCAAUAUUGCCGGAACAUGCCUCAUGUUCUGCUACACAAUAAUUUUCUACGUCCUGUCCACGAAUAAGAAGGUGAUCCUACGACAAUUUGCCACAGUUCUUCUCGUCCUUGUCUCAGUCGUGGCAUACACACAGUAUGAAACAGAAUUAUCAAAAUCAAUUGAAAUAUUGGGUAUUAUUUGCUGCACCGUGACUGUAUUAUUCUUCGCAGCCCCUCUCACAAUGCUGCUCCAUGUGAUAAGAGUCAAGAAUUCAGAUAGUCUUCCUUUUCCCAUGAUCCUCACCUCCUUCUUCGUUUGUCUCCAGUGGUUCAUCUAUGGUGUAAUCAUUCAGGAUACCUUCAUUCAGAUACCAAAUUUCGUGGGGUGCGUUUUAACUGUGCUGCAACUGACGCUCUUCCUCAUCUAUCCGGGAAAGAGUUCGAGUGGCCCAACGUACAAACUCUUGGACACAAAUGUCAUCAUGUCUUAAGUGUUAAAAACUACUCUUUUAAAAGGUAUUCAGCAAUUGAGAAGUAUUUGUGCGAUCUGUGCAUUAAAUGACAAAGAGACUUGAAAGAAACCAAUUUGUCUUU